AUCUCUCUCUUUUUCUCUCUCUCUCUCUCCAUAUUUGUCGUCAGUAUCACACCGCCGGCAAGACAAGAAACACGAGUUCGAAACAUCGCCGGAGAUCACAAACGGAAAGCACCACCGGAUCGAAGCAGUUAAUUAGUUUCACGGAGUAGAGAAGAAAACAGCUGAGCUGAGCUGAGCUGAGGGGAGAAAGAAGAAGGAACAGAAAAGUCGGUUUUUAUGAUGUCGAAACGGAGUCGUUUUGGUUUCUCCGAUCAACGGUACUCACUGCUCAACUCUUUACUUGAGUAGGUUCUGCCGUCUUAGAGCUUCCAACAGGAGAGAGAAGGAAGGAAGUGUCGAGCGUGUGUGUGUGUUGUGUGUGAUGGGUAAAGUCGCGGUGGCGUUUGCGGCGGCGGCGGCUGUUAUAGUGUCUUGCUCGGUGGCGGCGGUGAUGGUGGGGAGGAGAGUCAAGAGCCGGAGGAAAUGGAGGGGAGUGGUGGAGAUUCUGAAGGAGCUGGAGGAAGCUUGCGAUACUCCGGUGGGGAGGUUGAGGCAAGUGGUGGAUGCGGUGGCGGUUGAGAUGCACGCUGGUUUGGCUUCUGAAGGUGGCUCUAAGCUUAAAAUGCUUCUCACUUUCGUCCAUCAUUUGCCCAUUGGGACGGAGAAAGGAACUUAUUAUGCACUUCACCUCGGAGGCACUUACUUUAGGAUUUUAAGGGUCCUUCUAGGUGGUGAAAGGUCAUAUCUCGAUGUUCAAGAUGUUGAACGACACCCCAUACCUUCUCAUUUGAUGAAUAGCACCAGCGAGGUUCUUUUCAACUUUCUCGCCUUUUCCCUGGAAAGGUUUAUCGAAAAAGAAGGAAACGGGUCCAGUAGUUCACAAAGGGAACUUGCAUUUACGUUUUCCUUCCCUGUCAAGCAUUCUUCUAUAUCUUCAGGAGCUCUAAUCAAAUGGACCAAAGGUUUUGAGAUUAGUGAAAUGGUUGGGAAAGACGUAGCUGAAUGUCUACAAGGAGCGCUGAACAGAAGAAGCCUAGAUAUGCAUGUUGCAGCUCUUGUGAAUGAUACUGUCGGAGCCCUGUCACUUGGAUAUUAUCAUGAUCCAGAUACAGUUGUUGCGGUUGUAUUUGGAACAGGUAGUAAUGCAUGUUACUUGGAACGAACCGAUGCCAUAAUCAAGUCUCAGGGUCUGCUUACCACUUCUGGAAGCAUGGUAGUCAAUAUGGAGUGGGGGAAUUUUUGGUCCUCACACCUGCCAAGAACUUCAUAUGACAUUGACUUGGAUGCUGAGAGUUCAAAUCCAAAUGAUAUGGGAUUUGAGAAGAUGAUAGGAGGACUGUAUCUGGGUGACAUUGUUCGAAGAGUAAUCCUUCGCAUGUCACAAGUCUCCGACAUCUUUGGAACCACCUUGUCCAUGUUAUCUGAGCCUUACGUUCUAAGAACAAAUUCAGUCUCGGCCAUGCAUGAAGAUGACACACCUGAGUUGCAAGAAGUAGCAAGAAUCUUGAAAGACUUGGGGGUAUCAGAUGUACCGUUGAAGGUGAGGAAACUCGUGGUAAAGAUAUGUGACGUGGUGACACGAAGAGCAGGGAGGCUAGCAGCAGCGGGCAUUGCAGGAAUCUUGAAGAAGAUAGGUAGAGAUGGUAGCGGAGGAAUCACGAGUGUGAGAAGCAGAAGCGAAACCCAGAUGCAGAAAAGAACAGUUGUUGCAGUAGAAGGAGGUCUGUACAUGAACUACACCAUGUUUAGAGAAUACAUGGAAGAAGCCUUGGUGGAGAUAUUAGGAGAAGAAGUGAGCCAAUACGUGGUCGUUAAAGCCAUGGAAGAUGGUUCUAGCAUUGGCUCUGCUCUUCUCGUUGCCUCUUUACAGUCAUGAAUCAUCAUCAUCUUCGUUCGUAUGAAUGUUUACAUAAUUGGUUAUGUGCGUCUAUGUCAGUGUGUGUAUAUAUACAUUUAUUCAAUAUUUGUUUGUUAAUUAUUAUUGUUAUAUAGACGCAUAUGCACAAGUUUGUGUAAAUGUGUAGGAAUGUUAUUUAUGUAUUCUUUGUUAUCUAAGAAAAUCUAUCUUAUUAAAACAGAAACAUUACAACUU